CUGAUUUCGAAAGUUAGGUUUAUAGUGUUUUCCAUUCAAUUGCAUCGCCUCUUCUUCGUCAGUAUACUUCCGUGGUCUAGUUGCGUUUGCUUAGAAUGGAUUUCAGUUCCAUUUCCCAGAAUCCAAAAGCUGUUUCUGGUCUAUCACUUAGGAAGUUUAAAUCUGCAAUAGAUAUUUCUGAUGAUAAACGCAAGGAAAUGCACAAAAGUACUCAUAGAGCUAUUGAAUUGAUUGUAAAGAGGGUAGAAAAAGACUUACAUGCUGAAAAAACUCGACUUUCUACACUGUUGAACGCCUUCUACUUUAAACUUGACUAUAAGCCAAACGAUGAUGUUGAAAGAAAAACAAAUCAAUUGGCGUCACUACUGAGUAAAAUUGAUUGCUGCAGUUGCUCUGAAACCAAAUUUUCAAAGGAGUAUCGUCUAUCUCCAGAUGGUGUCAAAUCAGAAAUGCGUUCUUUACAAGUGAUCAAAGAAAGGCAUUCAAAAGUGUCAAAAUCUUUGUCACAACAAAAUAAAUCUCUAAGUAAAUCAAUAGCAUCAACUGGAAGAGUACUCGAUCAUCGUGUCCUAGUUGCCUGGUCCAAGGAAAUUAAAGAAUUAAAAGAACGCAGAGCAAUCCUAUCUGAACGUGUUGACCAGUAUAUGGGCAUUUCUGUGGAUACUACAACAGCUAAGAAACAGUUGAAUGAUGUACUCUCUGAAUUGGAAUCCAUAGAUUCACAAAUGUUAACAGUAAUGGGAUUGAAUGCAUGGAAUUGAAGAAGGCAAUCAUAAAUGUACAAAACCCCUCGCCCUCCCCGUACCCCCCAAUGAUUGUGAUGAGCAGACUUAUCCGAACAUUUCACAAAAUUCAUCAAUGUUAUAGCCUCCUUGAACAAUACUCAUUUUGGUCAAAUUAAACUUGACAAUGAUGAUGAUGUUGGUGACGGUGAUGAUUGUAGAAAGAGAUUUUUUCAAUAUGCAAUUUUAUUUUAGUCAAUGUCAAUGAACACUCAGUCUUUUUGCUAUGCAUACAGUGUCUAGAUUUUGUUAAGGAGGUGUGGUGUUUGCUUUAAUAAGCUAUUUUGUGUUUAUUAGCACAAAUAUAUAUGAACAAACAAAA